AUGGGUUACUGGAAAACAAAAGUUCUUCCUAAGAUCAAAAAGGUUUUUGAGAAGAAUGGUACUAAGAAAGCUGCUGCAGCUGAGGCUUCUAAGUCCUUUGAUGAAUCAAAGGAGGGAAUCAAUACAGAGUUUGAGGAAAAGAAAACUGAACUUCAAACAAAAGUUCUUGCAGUAUAUGAGGCUUCUUCAACUGAAAUCAAGGGUGUGAUCAAAGAACGAGAUGAAGCAGGGCUAAAGAAGAAUUCAACAGAAGUUCAGAAAUUCAUAGAUGAACUUGUUAAAAUUGAUUUUCCUGGAUCAAAAGCAGUAUCUGAAGCAUCUUCAAAAUUUGGACCAACCUUAGUUUCAGGUCCAAUUUUCUUUGUUUUUGAGAAAGUAUCAACUUUCAUAGUCACAGAAGAAAAAACUGAAGAAGUAGUUAAAACAGAAGAGGAAACAAGUGGUGUGAAAGAUAGGGAAAUUGUGGUUGAAGAAGGAAAAAAAGAAGAAACAAGUGAAUCUGCAGCAGAGAAGGCUGAGGAAAAGGCUAAGGCUGCAAAUGACUCUCUGGCUCCGCCGCCGCCUCCGGCGGAGAAAGAGGAAGAGAAGCCGGUUGAACCAACUCCCGUGGACAAAGUGGAACCACCAAAGGCUUGA